ACACACACACACACACACACACACACACACACACACACACACACACACACACACACACACACACACACACACACACACACACACACACACACACACACAAACUAACACCCACAAAGUAAUUACUAGUAAUGUUUAACAUACAGUUAAUGUAUCUGCUACACGCGCCUGCCAUGAAAUUGGAAAAAAAAAAUUGACGGAACGGACUUAUCACUGUUGGAAUGAGUUCGUUUACUUCAGUUGCGGUGGACUUGUCGACAGCCUACGAAAAAAAGAUUCGCCUGCCGGGUCAUGUGACUUCCUCAUCUGCUUCCGGAGGUCAGAGUUGAGUAUACCGGUAUGCAUGUAACCAUCCACAUGAAGAAGGUUAUAUGUCCAUGGUCAUAACAGAACAAAUGAUGAAUAUCGUUUGAGAUAACGUCUUAUAGGUGUUUGUUGCUGCUUGGGUCGUGAUGAGCGUCCCAUCCAUACUAAGAACAGCUGCUCGAAACUUCCUCCCGCCGGGGAGAGGCUCCAGCCGGCUCCGCUGCCGGGCAUUGUCUUCCUGCAGCAACACAAGAAAAAUGUCUUCCAAAAGACAAAUGGACCAUCUAGAAAAGACUUCUAAAGACUACAGGCAGAAUGCUGUUUAUCCGGCUCAAGUGUGCGGCAUCAUCCAGGAGUCUGACACCGUGAAGCGCCUGAGAAUCUCCGUCCAUCCAGACUUCACCUUCAAGGCAGGGCAGUGGGUGGACUUCUUCAUCCCCGGCGUGGAGAAGGUAGGGGGUUUCUCCAUGUGCUCCUGCCCGGGCCUGCUCCAGAGGGAGGGGGUCAUUGAGCUGGCGGUCAAAAAGGCCCUGCACCCCCCAGCCCACUGGAUCCACACCGCGUGCACGGUGGGCGCCCACGUCGCCAUGCGGGUGGGGGGGAACUUCUUCUUCGACCCGCGGCCCGCCGACCCCCCCGCCGACCUGCUGCUGGUGGCCGGGGGCGUGGGCAUCAACCCGCUCUACUCCGUCCUGCUGCACGCCGCCCACCUCGCGCGGCAGCACCACGCCUCCGGGGGGCGGGACUACCGCAUGGGCUCCGCCCACAUGCUCUACAGCGCCAAGAGUGUGCAGGAGCUGCUGUUCAAGAACACCAUCUUGGAGCUGAGCCGAGAGUUCCCCGGCCAGUUCUCCUGUGACCUGCGCGUCACAGAGCCCUCCCAGGACCCCGCCCGGGACCAGGACAUCCUGCCCGUCACCCGCCGUGGGAGGAUCACGGAGGCGGACCUGCGGGCUCACGUGGACCCCCAGAGGACCCUGUGCUACCUCUGCGGACCCCCGCCAAUGAUCGAAGCCAUCUCCCAGUCCCUCAUAGACCUGGGCCUGCCCAAGGACCGGAUCCUCUUUGAGAAGUGGUGGUAGAACUCAGACCCCCCCCCACACACAGAACUCAGACCCCCAGAAUCCCACUGGGCAGAGAACCCACUGGACACAGCCCUAUACAUCUAUAUUUUAAUUUUUUAAUUUUUAAUUUAAAUCCUGAACGUGAUGUUCUGGCCAAGGAUGCAGCAGUACAACAUGGGUUUACACCUUCAGAUUAUUGCAGGACUGCCACGCCUCUACUGUAAGAACAUUUAUACAUGAAAAUAUAUAAGCAUAUGCUUGCCUGUAUGUGAACAGAGUCCGAACAGAGUAAGCAAGCCUGCAGCUGCUGCACCCUGAUACAUGGAGAGAACACCCAGGGACUUGGCCUUCUUUUCUGGAUUCAGUUGACGGCGUUGCAGGCUGACCAGACUCACAAACACCCCAGCAAGGCAGUGCUUGGCUGAAGACUGAUGCACUUAUUGACCUGCAGUGCAGCAGGGGACCUGCCUUUGAGCCCACAGGACUCUUGAGUGUGGAUUAGAAACGGCCUGGCCCCUUCCUUUUACACUGUGCAACAUGUCUGCCGUUACGUUAGACAAAUAUCUUCAAUCUCUCCUUUAUUUAAAUACCUCAGAAAUGUGAUAUUAUGCAAAAUGUGUUUUUUUUCUUUUUGAUGCAAUCAAAAAAGACGAUAAUGUUGUAUAAUGAUGCCUGUGUACUGUUUUGGUACAGUGAUUUAAAAGACUGAGGAGUAUUUUUAUUUUGUGCAAGUAAAGAUUUUAACAGGGAGGUAAAGCUGCCGGCUUGAGUCUUCUUUAGUCAGAAAAUAACGUAUUCUGUUAGACAAUUACGCCGGAAGGCCAAUUUUUAGAGUGAGAAAAUGAAUUUCUCACUUUAAAAAUGAUUGGCGACCGUCCUCAUUUUGCAACCCCACUCACACGUAUACUGAAACGCAUGUGCACGU